AUGGCAAGCAACGACACUUCUGCCGCUGCAGCGACUGCACCCAUCGUCUCCUGCGACUCUGGCUCGCCUUAUAAUGGCUCACUCGGUCUACGAGUCGGUGCUCUCUUCAUCAUCUUGACCACUUCGCUCGUUGGCACGCUGUUCCCCGUGAUUGCGAGGAGGAUACCCUCACUCAAGGUACCGACGGCGGCUUUCGAUUUCGUCAAAUACUUUGGCUCUGGCGUCAUCAUCGCUACUGCUUUCAUCCAUCUGCUUGCGCCUGCCUUUGAUGAACUGACUGCACCUUGCCUGACCGGAACUUGGACGGUCUAUGACUGGGCACCUGCCAUCGCGAUGAUGUCCGUCUUUAUGAUCUUCAUCCUCGAGAUCAUCGCCUUCAGAAUCGGCAGCGCCCGCCUACGCAAGCUCGGUCUUGACAACUACAACGCCCACGAUCACGCGCUCGGGAUCGGUCAUCAUCACGCUGCAGAACAUAACGACCAUCAUACUGGCACCGGACUCAUUGACUCUGCGAGUACGACGCUCAAGAAUGACGAGGCAUCUAAGAUCAUUGAAGAGCCCGGCAAGCUGGAAGAUCCAGAGCAGGGACCGGUCCUGCUCGAAGAUGAUGAGGUCAUCGAUUCCCAGGCAAUGGCUCAAAUACUCGGUGUUGCCAUCCUCGAGUUCGGUGUCAUCUUUCACUCGCUCAUCAUCGGUCUCACACUCGCGGUGACGGACGACUUCAACACACUGUUUGUCGUCAUCAUCUUCCACCAGAUGUUCGAAGGUCUCGGCCUCGGCUCGCGGCUAGCCUUCUUGCCGCUGCCAAAACGAAUGCGCUACGUGCCUUUCAUAGGCGCGAUUGCCUAUGCCGUCGUUACACCACUCGGCAUGGCAUUCGGCCUAGGUUUCAGGGAGACUUACAACCCAGAUUCACCAACAGCAAACAUUGUCUCUGGCAUUCUUGAUGCGCUGUCUGCCGGUAUUUUGCUGUACACCGGUCUCGUCGAAUUGCUAGCGCACGAGUUCAUCUUCAAUGACAAAAUGCGAAACGCUCCGACUGGCAAGCUUGUCAUCUCGCUCGGUACAGUCUGCCUAGGUGCCGCUAUCAUGGCUUUGCUAGGUCGCUGGGCUUGA